AUCAUUUAUCUCUUAUAUCGAUAAUGAUUAUUGACAUUUUUCGCAGCGUCGUUUAGAGGCAAAGCGAUAUCAUGAUCAAUGAAAUGAAUAAAGAAUUUAAAACUUAUUUAUUUUUAACGCACUUAAAUAACUAGCUAAUGAUUAUCCAUUAAAAUUCGUAUGAAUCGUCAGAAAUGUAUGUUAUCCUGUAAUAUUUGAGAAACACUUCAUAAAUUUCAGCCAUAUUUUACUUAAGACUUUUGGUUUCUGUUUAACUAUUUUAAUUUUUAACUCCGACAACAUGAUGUCAUUAAAUAAUAUACCUAAUAAUAUAUCCAAUGUUGAGGAAACAUCACCGGAAAAAACAGCCACCGCUCCUACUAUUGAGCCCGAAACUCCUGUCAAAAAAGAUAAUAAGUAUGCGGAAUCGUGGCGACAUUGUUGCAGAGAGUUAGGGUUCUUGCAGAAAACCUCUCCUUUGGGAAGUAUUAAAAGAGGCUCCUUAAAAUCAAGUGGUAAAAAACAGAAAUCAAAUGAAAAUGAUAUAAUGUCAAAAUCAAAACUGAGAAAAUUUCUUAGAAACACUGGACAAGAGUAUGUUACAAAAAAAGGAAAGGUUGUUAAAGCAAAAAUAUAUGAUGAUAAAGAUUGUGGGUGCUCAAGAAGGUGUAAAACAAAGAUCACAGCUGUAGAAAGACAAAAAUGUUUUGAUAAAUUUUGGAAAAUGGGUGAUUUUGGUAAACAAAAUGCUUAUCUCAGUGGCUUAGUGACACGAGAGGCUGUGAAACAACAUCGUCCGAGAUUGAAUUGCACAAAUAGGGGACCAAAAGGUGUGACCUACCAGUAUCGAGUUAAUGUCGGGCGAGUUAGCAAACAAGUGUGCAAAAAGUAUUUUUUACAAACUUAUUUAGUUUCAGAUGGCAGAUUGUCCAGGGCUCUUAGAAAAGAAGAAAAUGAAAAGGAACCUGGUGAAGAUCUGCGUGGUAAAAAGCCACCUGCUAAUAAAACGAGUGAGGAACAAUUGAACAGAGUUCGGGAUCAUAUAAAUAAGUUUCCUCGCUACGACAGUCACUAUGCAUUGAAUCCCAAAGGAAAAUAUUUAAAGUCAGAUUUGAAUGUUAAAAAGAUGUAUAAUAUGUAUGUUGAACAAUGUACUUUUAAUAAUACACCUUACGUGAAAGAAAAUAUAUACAGAAGUGUUUUUAAAGAAGAGUAUUCCUUAACAUUCCUGUCUCCAAGAAGAGAUCCUUGCAGUCAUGUUCGUUCUGAAGGAAGUCGUUCGCAGAACAAUUCUCCUCGAAAAAAAGUUUGCAAGUCUCAUAACAACAAUAAUAUGGUACCUGAAGGAGGGGUGCGUCCACUCUCUCCUCCCCAACCUCCUCAUGCAAAGUUUCCUGCUGGUCACCAAUCUUUUUGUCCUACUGAUAUUGUCAAAUGCACAUAUAAUGACAUGACUGCACUACCACAAAAUAUGCCUCAAGAUAAAAGCUGUCACAUGCAGUGCUAUAAUCCUUGUCCUGAUUCACUGCACUGUCCUGUGUUGCCACAUAAUUAUUUUACAACCCAUGAACAAAGUGUCCAUCAUAGUUAUCCUCCUGCUCAGACUCCUAAUUUCUUUAAUUUAUAAUCAAUAUUCAGUGUAUGUGUUCAAUUGAAGGUUUUGCUAUAGUCUUUUUUCAUGAGCUGCAGCAGCUCAACUUAGAGGCAAAAAGGGGCCUGAAACCUUUUAUUUGAAGUAAAAUAUUUUACCCAGUGAUUCUGCUUACACACUAUAAUGCAUCAAAUACAUCAAAAAUUAAAAAAAGGGAUGCAAGAAAUAAACUAGGAUGAUGUAUCUCAUGGGAUGCAUAGGUCUACUGUGUGGGAAAUAAAUAGUGUGCUAGCAAAAUUAUAACCAAACUCUUAUGCAUAUUUAUAUACAUUUAAAAUUUUUCCUCUUCAUUAACAACUGAAAUUAGAAUUUUUCUGAGACUGAAAUUACAUCAAUUUUUUUGUAUAAUGCAAGUGUUUCAUCCGUUCCAAUUGAAUUGUCAAAUAUAACUCUACUAGUUUUGAAUUUCUUGGUUUUGUCUAUUAAUUGAUUGGAUAAUCAUGUUUUGAAUUUUAAUAGGUGUCUAAAGAAAUAGAGAAUUAAUUUUUAAUAGUAAUCUGCUUAAGUAAAGAUGAACUCUGAAUUGUGGAAAUCCUGGGUCUCAUAAAGACCCAUAGUUUCUAAAGUCUAGCGGAAUCAAUGUUUAUCUUUAAUGCUUCAUUGAAACAUUAAAUUUUCCAUUUGACUGCAUUGAAAUAGUAUUUUACUAACAUAAACAUUAAAAGUCUUUGCAAACAUUGAAAUUUAUUUGGCAGUGCACUUCCUCACUCAUUUAGGUCUUGUACUGCAGCUGUCAUAAAAUGAAGUAACUUUAUUAAACAUGUUCUAAGCAGUUGUAUAUUUUGUUAUCUGCUGGGUAACAAUUUACUAUGUACUCUUAUGCAAAUAAUCUUUUGCAAUUCUUCUACUGACAGUUCUAUAGUUUGCACUUAUAAUUUAAAUUCUGAAAAAAUGUUUUCAAAGUUUUAUAGCUUAAUAUUUGGAUUAGGUUUAUUUCUAUAUACAGUAAAAAGUUGUAACAUCAAUUUCCUUAUCUUUUUAAACUUUUGCUGCUUCUCUAUGUAUUCCAGAAUAAUUUAUGUGUCAAAAAAUGGUAAAUGGCUAAACCUAAACAAAAGUCUAUUUGUUAUAAUUUAAAAUGUUUUAUGCAUUUUGUUAUCAGUUAGUCAAAAAAUUUAUUGACAAUUUUAAAAAAUGACAUAUUUUACUUAUAAUAUACUUCUGGAUGAAGUAAUGAGUUCAUUUUGGCUUUCUUAAUUUUUAGCAAUUGACUUCGUAUUUUGUGAAUAGAUUCUUUAGAAAUAAAGUGUAAUUUUUUUCUUACAGAAAUUUUGCUUUUGCUCAGAAUUAGGAAUUAGAUCAUGAAAUCUACUGUUUUGUAUUGUUAUUUUAUUUUUGAUUUGCAUUGGUUAUUUUUUAUUUUUCCCUUUAAUUUAGGUUAUCCCUUUCCCCUGUUUAUUGCAUUAUAUAUCAGCUUUUCAUAACUAUUGUUAAGUGUCCUAUUUUGUCCAAAUUUAUAAAAGCUAAGCUUAACCCAUUUGAAAAAAAAAAACUUUUAACAUUUCAUUACUUUUACGCCCUUUUAUUUUUACAGGUAAAAAAGAGAAAACAUCCGGUAAAAAACGUGUGAGAAAUGAAAUGAACCACAAAACUAAACUGAGAAAACUUUUGAGAAACACAGGUCAAGAAUAUAUUACUAAAAAAGGUAAAGUUGUGAAGGCUAAAGUUUUUGAAAAUAAAGAUUGUGGCUGCUCAAAAAGAUGUUCAUCGAAAAUAACCCCAGAACAAAGAGAAAAAUGUUUUGACAAAUUUUGGAAAAUGGGGGACUUUUCAAAACAAAAUGCUUAUCUUAGUGGUUUAGUCACACGUGAAGCAGUUAAGCAGCAUCGUCCUCGACAUAAUUGCAAAAACAGAGGGCCUAAAGGAGUGACAUAUCAGUACAGAAUCAAUGUCGGGCGAAUAAGUCGCCAGGUUUGUAAAGUUUAUUUUUUAGAUACUUUUGUGGUUUCUAAUGGGAGAUUAGCUCGAGCCCUGCGUAAAGAAGAAAAUGAAAGGGAACCUGGUGAAGAUUUACGGGGUAAAAAAACACCUGCUAAUAAAACAAGUGAAGAGAAUUUGAAUCGGGUUAAAAAUCACAUCAAUAGGUUUCCUCGCUUUGAUAUUCACUAUAACGAAAAUAGCAAAGGGAAAUAUCUUAGUUCAGAUUUGAAUGUUAAAAAGAUGUAUGGAAUGUAUCUUCAAGAGUGCCAUUUUGAAAAUCAACCUUUUGUGAAAGAAAAUAUUUAUCGUACGGUUUUUAAAGAACAUUUUAAUCUUACUUUCCUCACACCAAGGAAGGAUACAUGUCCCCUUGUACGUGCGGAAGGUAAUAAAAGCAUUAAUAGAGUUCCUCGUAAAAAAAAUCCUCUUAAACCACCUAUGCACAUGGAAACUGAAAAUGGGAUGCCAAUGAGACCACCUCAAAGAUGUAAUCUGCCACAACAAAUAUUUUGUUCUUCUGAUACUGCAAAAUGCUCAUAUAAUAACACAAUUUCUACAUCUGGUCUUCAUCAAGAAAAAGAUACUAUUUACAACACUGGUUGCCAUCAAGCACUACUUGGAGGACCAACUUCUUUUUAUCACCAAGAGCAACCACCUCCUCAUUUCCACAAUCAAACUCCUAGCUUUUUUAAUCUCUAAUUGGCAAUGAUUUUUUAAACACAAUUUUUAGCUAAGUGUGCUGAAGUACCUCUGAACUAGGCUUCCUCUAAUUGAGGUGAUUUUCUAUACUAGAUAGCAUUUUGCUUCCUCUAAGCACAGAUAAAAUUAAUGUUAGCCAUUGGGGGGAAAUUACCAUUUUGGAUCAUUGAUUCAUAAUUUUCAGUGCAAUGGUUCCUGUUAUUUCAAAAUUACAUGAACCUUUUCAUUUAAAUAAAAAAUGAACAUGGAACCAAAAUUUCUUCUAAAAACAUUAAAUGACCCAUAUUUUUAUUUUUAAAGGAAGUAGCAACUAGUGUGGAACAAAAGUCUAGAGGAAAAUUUUCCAAAUUAAUUUUUUUUAAAGGAAUUUUUCCUUUUUUGUUUAACUAUCAGUCUCUAUCUCUUUUAUCUUCGAAUUAACUUUUUCCUAUACCAAAAGCAGAUAAGAUUUAGUGGAUGAGUCAGGAUUGUUUUUUUUUUUUUCCCCAUAAUUCCUGCUAAAAUGUAGCAAAUAAUCAAAAUUAACUUUAAAUUUCUUUCAAGGGGUUUCUUGGGGAGGAUUUUCCAAGCAUCAGAAUUUUUAUGACAUGUUUAAAAGCCAAAAUUUUUCAGUUAUUUUACUGGUGAAUAGGAAGAAAUAUGCAUAGAAUUAUACCAACUGUU